AUGGAAACUUUAUCUGUGUCUGGAGAAGUCACUGGUUUCACCAACAGUGGACCAACAAAGAAUUGGUUAUCCAUCUCCAACACUUCUGAGUCGGAAGGGUACUCAAAGGCCAUUGGACUGACAACAGGAGUACCGGAAACCGAGUUCUUCUGGAACAGGGUAGUCGAUAUGAGCGUGGGCACGGAAGAACGGAUACCACAAACCUGUCUGGUACCAUCUCACUUGCAGAUCCUUGUCAGGGUUUCCAAAGAAUCCAGCCAGGUCUGCACCUGCAAACGGGAAUCCAACGGUGUUCAUAGUGAGCACCAUUGGAAUACUCUCGCGUCGCGUGGAGCAGAUGUCUCUGGACCGUUGAACACAGACGGCUCGUUCAUGUCGUUCCAUAGAUGUCCGUUGGUGGAAUGUCCCAAAAGAUUCGAACCGUUCACAAACUGUUCGUCCCAGAACAGCUGGGCAUCUGGGUGCAUGCUGUCGAUCCAAACAGACUCUCCAGGCCACGAAUGA